UCCUCUGAUUGUACCACUGCUGUAGCGCGCUGCUCUCGGUGAGGAUGCUGGCUACAAAAAAAAGGAGGCAGGCAGUUUGCGCACAAGUCCCGCCUGCAUUUCCCCCUGGAGGAGUCUCCGUGUCGGCUCUCCCAGCUGGGGAUUGGAGCGGAGGCUUGUCAGUAAAUUAGCCCACCCUUCACGGAGCGUGCAUGAGGGAAACCGAGCCAGACAGUGACGAUCUGAUCUCCUCACCCUCACUCACUCACUCACUCACUCAUCAGCUGCCUGUCACAUCGCCACGAUACCGAGCCGCAGCCGACCGCCGCGCUGUGACACCUGGCCGGGACCGAGGGAGAGAUGCAGCCCGCGGACGAAGGGCCCUGCGCCCCGAAGAUGUGCCGACAACAACGGGGUCCGUACAGCGCCCUGAAGCCCUUCCAGAGCAAGCGCUCGGCGGGCAAGUCGCGCUUCGAGCGGUCCGCCGUGGUCGAGGUGCCUCUGUUUGGCGACGGGCAUCAUUUCACGUUUCACCCCGAGCAGCCUCAUCCUUUCCAGCCGCACCAUCACCACCACCAGCAGCGCCUGCAGCGGCUCCACCAAACCAGCGUCGCUAUCAGCAGCAGCAGCAGCAGCAGUCAGCAGCAUCACCAGACGCCUCAGCAGCAGCAGCAGGAGCAGCAGCAGCAGCAUCGUUUCCCAUGUGAGACCAGGCCCAGCAGCAGAGUCCCCACGUCCACCUCAGCAGGAGCGGCGGCGGCGGCGGCAGCGGCGGCUGCUUCAGCAUCUCUUGGUACCCAGCAGCGACGCGCCAGCAGAGCCGGAGCAGAGCCCAGGUUCUCUCCGGACUGCACCUACGGUAUCAGCACAGAAAACCGUCUCAUCUUGGAUGCCUUUGCCCAGCAGUGUAGCCGAGUCCUCAGCCUCCUCAACAAUGGGCGUCUCCUGGAGCCCCCCUCCUCUUCCUCCUUCACCGCUAAGAUUAAACUGGAAGACGGGCCAGGAGACACCCAGGAGAAGUCCAAAUCUGAAGAGAGCUCUUCCACCACGGAUGCCGACGAGGAGGUCCAACAAAGCCAUUUGAACCAACAACAGACCUCUGCAGUUCUCCGCAUCUUCACGGACUCCCUACAGAACUAUCUGCUUUCAGGGCCUCAGCAGCAGCAGGAACAUCUGGAGGACGAGCAGUGCCUGUCAGCGGAGCCCGGUUCAGGGAUGUCUCCUCCGAGACACAACCUGGGAGGCUGGGGCUCCCCGACUCCGUCGGAGUCGUACGGCCACCCAUCGUCCACGCUGCCCGAGGAGGAAGAGGAGGAGGAGAGCUGCUGCCCGCGCUGCUUGGAGCUGGAGCAGGAGGUGUUGUCUCUGCAGCAGGAGAACGAGGAGCUCCGCAACAAGCUGGAGAAUAUUCCAGUUCCCUGUCAAAAUGCUCUCGACUACUUCAAGACUGUUCUUGAGUUUCACAACCAGCUCGUCCAGCCGAUGCCAGAGGAGCAGCUCACCGAGGAAGAAGAGCGGCAAACCGUCUUUGAGGGCAGCAAACAGCUCCUGGAGAACUACCCUCUCUUCAUCACUAAUAAGCAGUGGGACGAAGCCGUCAACUCCUCCAAGAAAGACGGCAGGCGGCUGCUGCGCUACCUGAUCCGCUACGUCUUCACCACAGAUGAGCUCAAGUUCUCCUGUGGUUUGGGCAAAAGGAAGCGUUCGGUCCACUCAGGAGAGCCGGGCCUGGAGAGAAGACCUCUCAACCCCAUCAAAGUGAGCUGCCUCAGAGAGUUUAUCCGGAUGCACUGUGCCUCAAACCCAGACUGGUGGAUGCCGUCAGAGGAGCAGAUCAACAAAGUGUUCAGCGACGCCGUGGGCCACGCUCGUCAGGGCCGGGCCGUGGGCACGUUCCUGGGCAGCAGCGGCAGCAGCACCAGCAGCCUCUACAUGGACGGCUUCGACGGACAUAUGUCGCAGGACGAACUCUAUUUGAAAGGCUGCCAGAACGGCCAGUCAGACUGAGGUUAAAGGAUGGUGCAAAGACAAAGGCUCCAAAUGUAGCUGUGCAACAACAUAUCCCAAAAUGCCGACCUUAUCCUGUCACUUUACACAGUAAAGAAAACAUUCCAGAAGACGUUUCUCACACAGAGUAUAACUGCAGUCCUCUUUUCGAGUAGUUUUGUAGCCUUUUUUGCCAUUUUUUUAUGACUAAAAUUUAGUUUGGUCAAAAUUUGACUCUUAAGGGUUUUUAAUUGAACACAGUUUGAGUCUUCCAUAUGCUACUAUUUCUAUGGUUUGAAGUUCAGAUGUUACCGUCAGUGGAGCUUUUGUGUUGGGUUUCUUUUUUUAAAGGAGAUUGUGUUUUUAGUCAAAACCAAGUUAGAGACUCAUAUCAUCACUGACAGCACUUUGUUGUUUUAAACGUGCUAUAUAAAUACAUUGGUAUGGUAUUGUACUGACGCUGCACCUCUAAACCCCUCAUCAUGGAAAGUAGCACUUAACCUAUGUUCCUUUGUCACUGGUUAAGCACCUUUACUUGCAGCCCUUCUACAGGAGUGCCUCUGAGAAAGUCAUGUUUUGUUACCUGUAGUCUUGCACUUUGCCUCUCCACAUUUACCUUAAUUUGAUCUGAUGUGUGUGGUCGUACUUCUCAAAAUGAAAAGUGAAUUUAAGAAGGAAGCGUUGGUGGAAGGUGUUUUAUGUCCAGCAUCGCUUCAGCUGAAAAGUUUGGUCGUUCACACGGCGUCAAGUUAAGAGACACAAUCAGCUUUUAAAACUCCACUCGCUUUCCAGCACAACUUCAGCCAAAGUUUCUCCUCCUCUGAAACUCUUAGACAUUAACAUUUGAAUAAUUGUCUCUGGUCACGUCUGCCAAGUUGACAUGAGGUCCUCUAGAUUAGUUUGAAUUAAAUGACUUAGCGCUGUUGGUUCCGUAUGAUGAACGACUUACAUUUCAGUGCAAAAGCAACACGGAGAAGUAGAAAAUGCAAAACAGACUGUUUAUUUUUAUUAUUAUAUUACAUUUUAUAUCAGUUUUCCAUCCUGAAAAAAAAAGGCUUGUAUGAUUACAACUACGAGAACAUGACUGUGGUUUACAAGCUGUAUUACGUUGUAUUCUCUAAAAAGCCUUUUGAGGCAGGAUGGGUCAAGUGUUUUGGUUUGAGGCAGCUGCCAUAUAAUAAUGCCUUAGACCUGUUGGAAGGCCUCCACAUUGUAAAACGUUGAAGCUGUGUGUCCGAAAUAGUGUUGCUCUGUCUCCUAAGCAGUUAUCUCUCAACCUGAGCAGAAACAAUUCCAGCACUUCUUUCUUUCUUUCUUUCUGAAUAUCUUAUUUGCACUUUUAGGUGUCUCACUGUAGCCAAAGCAGCUCUACAUUGAGAAAACCGUGAGCAGAUCUUACCCAUUUCUGUUCUUUCUGUUCUUCUAUUUAUUUGAUUUGACACUUCAUGACGCUGUCUGCUAUGUUUGAAUGUACCGGGUCCAUUAGGUCAAGUUCGCCAAGUCGACAGUGCUGUGUAAAUGUGUAAUAUAAAGUACAGUUAUUGUGCGAGGUGUUCUUCAAGUCUCCCUCUUUACAAAGCCAAGUAGAAAAGUGCCACAGAAACCUUAAAGCAGUGGGAUUCUGUCGUUGUGUUGCUGUUCUGAAUGUGAGCGUUGGUUUGUAUUUACUCCUUUACCCUCAAAGUGGCUGUUAUCAACACUGUGAAACAUCAGUCGGAUUUUUACAAAUCUAAUAGUUUCUGUUGUUUUUUUAUUUAUAAGAAAUAAAAUAAGAGCACUGAUGCUAAAACAAAGUCUGCCUAUCUAUC